UUCAAUACACACCUUUUAGUGUAUUUUUGUUGUGUCAAGGUCGUGAAUAAAAAUGGCGACGAUAGCGUACAAUAGUGUACGAAUAUCACGGACAUUCUCUAGUCGUGUAGGAACUAUUUUAAAUAAUCGGAAUGGCAGACUUAUGCAAUAUACAAGACGCUACCUGAAAACCCAGGAUGGAAAGAAAGUUGAUUUUGGAUUCUUGUUCGAUAUAGACGGGGUAAUUGUCAGGGGGAAGAAACUCUUGCCGUCUGCCAAAGAUGCAUUUCGCAUGUUAAUUGACGACCAUGGCAAAUUUAAAGUUCCUGUACUAUUCGUUACAAAUGCUGGCAACACUUUACGACAGAAAAAGGCUAAAGCAUUGUCCGAUUGGUUGGAUAUAGAGAUUGUUGCAGACCAAGUGGUUAUGUCUCACAGUCCGUUGAAGAUGUUUAAACAAUUUCAUGACAAACAUAUACUCGUGUCCGGGCAAGGCCCGGUUGUAGAAAUAGCGGAGGGUUUAGGCUUCACUCAUAUAACCACAAUGGAUACCCUCCGACAGUGCUUCCCACAUCUAGAUAUGGUCGACCAUAACAGAAGAAAACCUGCGGCCUCUUCCAAAAGUGAAAAAGUUUUACUGUUUUUUUUUCCAGCUGUGAUAUUGUUUGGUGAGCCAGUGAGAUGGGAGACUAACUUACAGCUUGUUAUAGACACGUUAUUAUCCAAUGGCAAGCCUUGUACGGCUCCUAAAGAAAUCCCUUACCCACAUAUGCCAGUUUUAGCCUGCAAUAUGGAUCUGUUAUGGAUGGCCGAGGCCUGUAUGCCAAGGUUUGGCCAUGGCUGCUUCUUGACAAGUUUAGAGAGUUUAUAUCAGAAAAUCUCUGGCAGAGAGUUGAAAUACACGGCAUUGGUCGGCAAGCCAAGUGAACUGACAUACCGUCAUGCCGAUUUUCUUCUGUAUGAACAAGCAAGGGACAUGGGAAUGAAUGGGAUCAAUACAAUCUAUUGUAUAGGUGACAAUCCAGAAUCGGACAUAUAUGGAGCAAAUUUGUAUGACAAAUAUCUUCAGAAGCGUGUUAUGAAUACUAAUGUCAAUUUACUGAAGCGUACACAGCAGCAGACGGCCGGAUCUCAAAUGAUCGAUAUGGACGAAACAGAUGGCGAAUCUGAUUUAGACUCGGAACGUUUAUCUGCUUUCAAGGAGGAUUUACAUGAAGUGUACGCUAAAAGUUGUCAGUCGAUUCUAGUAUGCACCGGUGUGUAUUGUUCGUCAAGAGACUAUGUAACAUACGGGCGAGCUAGGUCAUCCAAUCAUAAUCACCGAGACUUUGUUCUAGAUCCGGUUCUUACUCAACCGAAGUUUGUGACUCAAAAUGUACACGAGGCUGUGAAGCUCGUUUUUCAGAAAGAGAAGGUUGUGUCCCCAUUUAUAAGUUGAUGAAGGCUUUGUGAUUAGAGAGACUGGUUUGCAGAUAUAGUAUCUCAAUAACUUUUAGAAUCUGAUUUUUUGUUUCAUUGUUUUAGGUUUUUUACAUGGCAGUUUUCUUUAAUUAUAGAGAAAACGUUUUCACUGUUUGCUUUUUACUUUUUUUUUCAUCUUUUCUUUUUAUUAAAUAUCUUUGUUUUUUCUUUAAACAAAACCAGAAUGAAUGUACUUGUUGUCAGAAUACAUGCAUUUAAUGAGUAACUAGUUGGAGAAUGUUAUAGAUUACAUUAUGUAUUGUUUUCACUGCUUGAAUAUUACGCUGAAUAUGGUUGUAGUAUUUCAGAUUAGUUUCGAAACAUUUAAAAAAAAGCGGUUGCAACCUGGCAUGUAAUUUCUUAAUUUAUUUUUAAGUCAUGCACUCAUAGAAUUUUAGAAAAUGUGAAGGACCUCAUCACAAACACUGGAUGACUUUGGUAAAUUGGCUGUGUUUAUAUGAUUACACUAUGAGACUCACCUGAAAACGCUGGUUAUAUUAUUAGUUAUAAAGAUUUUUGACAGGAUAUAUGGCCCUAUAUAAACGGUUGUUUGUGAAUAUAACCCAAGCCGCUAGGCGAGGGUAAUAUUGCAAACAACUGUUUAUAUACGGCCAUAUAACCUUUCAGAAAUCUUUAUAACAAUUUAAUGAUACACCAAGCAUCAUUUUUAGAGGAAUAAAGCGAGAGUUCUUUAUAAAUCGACAGCAGCCAUGUAUAUAAAACUAUAUAAAUGUCACAAGUAUCCAAUGAAAAGCGACGUUACAAACGUGCAGUAUUAUAAAAGUUUAUAUCUAUAGAUACAUAACCGGUCUUUAUAACAAAUGAGUUGGUACAUGUUUCAAAUUUAUUGAACUUUAGGUCGGAUAUUAUGUUUUUAGGGUGGGAGUAAAAAGUUUUCGUGAUAUUAUCUCUACUGUAUAGGAUAUAUAUGUCACUUAUGUGAAAAAAAGCACAAAAAAAAAGAAACUUCCUUCGUAUUUUUUUCAUGCUUGACAUUUUUGUACCUGUAUGUUUUUAUGAAUGGUAGUUAUUUAUAAAAUCUUUACCUCGGUCCAUAUUCAUAAGUGCUAUUUUUUUUUUUAAAUCAUGAUAGGUUUUGAUAGCAUUAAGUGUCAUACAUUUCAUCAUCAUUCAACAUUCAAAUAAUGUUAGAGAAUCCAUGAUUUCAAUCAUUUUUCUGCCCAACACACACCCACUACUGGGUAACACAUUUCUAAGAUUGGUAUAAACUGAUUUCUAUAUUGCAGUUCAGUAUUAAGAGUAAGUGCUUAAAUUGUUUUAUUGCAGGUUUUUUGUUUUAUUUUUUUACCUAUGCUGAUAUUAAAAGAAGAUCUGCUUUUAAUUUCAGCACAAAUCCUACUGUAUUUUGCUGAACUGAACUAUUUUUAAUUUGAUUUUAUCAGAAUACGUGUACUUACUUAUAUGUUAAUACGACUGUCUCCUGCGAAGUGCAUUGUUGAGUCAUUGUUUAGUAUUAGACAGGGCAUUAUGCACACGUUCACUUGCUGUUUGCAUUUGUUAUUGUUUUGCACUAAGAUUUAUUCACAUUUUCGAAAUUAUUCUUAUAUAUCUAACCACGUAACACUGUGGCGUAAAGUAGAAAGACCAGAAUCACACGUGUAAAGCCAGUGUUGAACCCGUGUAGAACCAGCUUGUAUGCUUUUAUUCGCAAUAUUUUACAAGGCUUUACUACUGUUUGCUGCUCAAAUUUUGUAUUCUGUUGUUGAAAUCCCUUACUCUGACAAUAGACUGUUCCAAACUCAAAGCAGGGAAAGUCCAUUACAUAAAUUUAGGUGUGAAAAAAAAAAGUUUCUUGCUUUGUUCUUGUGUUUAUGUAAUCAUUUGAUGAAAACAAGAUAUCUUCAAAUGAAGAAAACUCUGUCAGGAAGAAUAUAAGCUCCUCACAACUGAUAUUAUUGAGGUUUAAUCCAUGAUAUUACUUUUCUUGGUCGAAAUGAAUGUUGUUUUUUUAUAACUGUUUUCUUAAUCAUUUCAUCCUUUUUGGAUGAGAAGAAGUUGAUUCUUACUUGUGGAGAAAAAGUAUGCUACAUAGGAAGCAACUUAGCCUGCUGGUUUAUGGUCGUUUAUGCUGGUAGAGAGCUACUAUUUCCAAACUUAAUUUUAAGUUGAAUACUUAAUGCAUAUCUUGAUCCUUUGACAAAAGAGGCAGCUAAGUUUUUGGGGCUUAAUAUUUGAUAAAAUGAGUAAAGGAAUAGAUGAUUUAGGAAAAUUGUCAAUUUUUUUUUUACAUAUGUGUUUUGUAAGAGAUUUUUAUUUUUGGUCUUUAGCAUAUACAUUGUAUAUGGUGUAUAAGGAAUGACCUUCAAGUCAAAUGGCAACCAAGGGAGAUUAUGCAUGUUCUGUGAAAAGUAUAAACAUGUGACUAAUAUUCACAAAAAUAUGCUUGAUAACGAAGGGGUGACAAUCUGUUCCAAGUAAAUUCUUUUACACAUUUGUUUCCCAGAACUUGCCAUAAAAAUCUGUUUAUAACAUGACAAUGUGUAUGUUAUAUAUAUGAAAAUUGAAGUUUUGUUUCACCAGGGACAUAUAAUAUUCCUGGUUUUCACCUUGUUACUGUAGCAUUGUCCUUAUUUACCUCUCUGGCGUGGGUUCGAUCCCCGGGAGAUGCUUUAGUAGUUUAGCGCGGAGGAAGGUAGUUUUGUACUGGUGUAACUCUCCAGGAACGAUGGUUAGGAAACUACCCGCCUAUAUGUAAUACUAUAAUAAUAAUACCAUUCCGCCUAUAUGAAAUACUGUUGGAAAAAGGCGUAAAAUGAAACAAACAAACAAAAAAAUUGAUAUUAUUUUGUUAGCAGUUUGAAUUGAUGUAUUUUACAAAGAACCCUUAGACAUGUAUUUCAAACGAUUAGGAGAAAUAUGAAGGUGGCAUUAAAUUUACCCUAACCCUACCUUGAACAAAAGUGGUUGACCUUUGCCAACAGUAGAAUGCCUUGCCAACCUGCACUUGUUCGCAGACUGACCAGGCUCUAUACUGUUUAUAGAUCAAUUUUUAAAUUUUGAAGUUGAAACCCCUUAAGCAUUGAAUGGACUGGUCCAAAUUCAAAGCCAGGCAAAUUUGUUGCAUAAAUUCAAGAGGUCAAAGGUUACUAUUUAUGUCUAUUGAUUAUUUGUGUGGUUAAUUGCAAUUUUGUUGUCAUGAAAAUUGAGCACUAUUUCUUUUAUUAUUGUUUUUAUUAUUUUGAAAUAAUUAUUUUAACUUUCAUUGUUAUAGUGUUGUAAAUUUUGUUGUUAUUAUUAUUAUUAUAAAUAAUGAUUUUGGUCACAUUAGUGUACUUGAGUUUUAUUAUUUAUUUUCACGUGUUAAGUUUUACCUUCAGAAGAUUUGGGGGAAAUUGAGUGGAGAGGGAGAUAAUUAUGUGUUUCCUCUUUUUUUUCCUGUUUUCUAUUUGGGGAAUAGUCAGGAAUUUAAGUUACAGAUUGUCACCUGCAAGGUGAAGAUUUCACUAGCACUGUGCUGGUCUGAAAGUCAAAGUAAGGGCUGUUUCUCCGAAAAUAUUUGGGAGGGGUACUGGAGUUAAAAAUGACUGGUGUAUGGUAGAAACAUAUUCAUGUAUAAAUAUAUCCUGUCUUCAAAUGGCUUAAAUAGUUUACAUGAAUAUUUAUUUAUAGCUGAGUGAUAUGGACAUAAUUAGAUAGCUACAUAUGUAUUAAGUAUUUUCAUGUAUUUUAUAACUAUAUUAUUAUACCCCCGCACAACAAAGUUGUAAGGGGGGUAUACUGGAAUCAGGUUGUCCGUCCGGCUGUCCAGCCAUCAGGCUGUCCGUCGUUUUUUUCUUGUCCGCCCAAUAACUUAAGAUUCCUUUGACCUACAGUCUUCAUAUUUGGCAUGGAGGUUAGUCAUGAUUAGUAGAUGACCCCUAUUGAUUUUGAGGUCACCAGGUCAAAGGUCAAGGUCACAGGGGCCUUGACCCGUCCAAUAACUUAAGAUUCCUUUGACCUACAGUCUUCAUAUUUGGCAUGGAGGUUAUUCAUGAUUAGUAGAUGACCCCUAUUGAUUUUGAGGUCACCAGGUCAAAGGUCAAGGUCACAGGGGCCUUGACUUCAAAAAGCUUGUCCGCCCAAUAACUUAAGAUUCCUUUGACCCACAGUCUUCAUAUUUGGCAUGGAGGUUAGUCAUGAUUAGUAGAUGAUCUCUAUUGAUUUUGAGGUCACCAGGUCAAAGGUCAAGGUCACAGGGGCCUUGACUUCAAAAAGCUUGUCCGUCAAAUAACUUAAUAUUCUUUUGACCCACAGUCUUCAUAUUUGGCAUGGAGGUUAGUCAUGAUUAGUAGAUUACCCCUAUUGACUUUGAGGUCACCAAGUCAAAGGUCAGGGUCACAGGGGCCUUGACUUCAAAAAGCUUGUCCGCCCAAUAACUUAAGAUUCUUUUGACCCACAGUCUUCAUAUUUGGCAUGGAGGUUAGUCAUGAUAAGUAGAUGACCCCUAUUGAUUUUGAGGUCUCCAGGUCAAAGGUCAAGGUCACAGGGGCCUUGACUUCAAAAAAAUGGUCCUCCCAAUACAUUUAGAUUCCUUUGACCCACAGUCUUCAUAUUUGGCAUAGAGAUUAGUCAUGAUUAGUAGAUGACCUCUAUUGACUUUGAGGUCACCAGGUCAAAGGUCAAGGUCACAGGGGCCUUGACUAUAAAAAGCUUGUCCGCCCAAUAACUUUAGAUUCCUUUGACCCACAGUCUUCAUAUUUGGAAUGGAUGUUAGUCAUGAUUAGAAGAUGACCCCUUUUGAUUUUAAGGUCACUGGAUUAAAGGUCAAGGUCACAGGGACUUUGACUUCAAAAAGUUUGUCCACCCAUUAACUUAAGAUUCCUUUGACCCACAGUCUUCAUAUUUGGCAUGGAUGUUGAUCAUGACCAUAAGGUGACCCCUAUUGAUUUUGAAGCACUGGGUCAAAGGUUAAGGUCACAGGGACCUUGACAAAAAAAAGCUUUUCUUCUCAAUUGCUAAAGAGUGCCUGUCAGCAGUGUAUUGAUUUUGACAUUUUCACAUUUGAAACAUGUAGAAUACAUAACUAAGCAUUGCACUGGCGUAGUAACCUCAGAUUUGGCAGGAAGGUUGUCCUUGAGCUGUAAAUGGCCACUGUUGAUUCUGACAAAGUGGUAUGCGGGGGUAUUCACGCCAUGAUAGUGGCAGUUCUAGUUUGAGGUUGUUUUUAUUAUGUUUGAAACAUUGAAAAGGCUAAAGAUCUAUUCUAAAGGUCAAAGGUCAAAUAAUAAAGUAAUACAAUGUAAAAAAAUUGUUAAUUCUUGUGAUCUAUGAACAUGCAUUCUCUUAGUUUAUUAUACUCAUAACACCCUUAUAGGUACCUUAUUAACAUAAUACAUUGUAUGACCUUUGUUUUCAAGGUCACAUUGUUUGACUCUUGUCUUUAAUUUGUGGUCAUGUGACCUUUGGCGCAAUGGUAUGAUUCUUUUACUUUUUUUAGUGUUAUAUGUGAGGUUUGACUUGAAGAUAAUAUUGUUUGACCUUUGUUUUUUUUUUUUAAUUUUGUAUAUGACCUUUAUAUUGAAGGUCAUAUUGUUUGACUUUUGUCUUCAAGGUCAUAUGUGACCUUUCUGAAGAUCAUAUUUUUUACCUAUGUCUUUGAUAUCAUAUGUGACCUGUGUUUGGAGGUCAUAUUUCUUAGGUUUGUAUUGAUAGUGAUAUUCAAAACUGACUAAAUACAGUUGAAAUGAUAUUACAUUGUAUUUGUCAGUAAUGUGUUUGAGCAUUUCACUGUAUAUGCCUUGUAUGGACAAUUAUAUAUCAUAUGUACUGAUUACGAUUGUAUUUUUCAUACAUUACUUCCAUGUAUUAUUGAAUGUUUACUUGGUACAUGUGAAGAAAAAAUAUAUUUGAAGUUUAAAAUACAUACAACUGUAAUUAAUUGGGAGAUUAUUUUGAAGUUUCAAAUAAGGACAUAAAUAUUCUGAUGAAAUUAUGAUAUACUUAAUACUGAACCUGCAGCAAUUGUGUAAUGGACUUGCCCUGUUUUUUGAAAUUUGGAACAGCUCAGUCAAAGUUUAAGGGAUCUCAUUGACAAAAUACAACAAUUUAGCUGUCAACAGUAUAGAGCCUGGUCAGAUUGUAUAGAGCAGGCUGGCCUGGCUGUACACAAUUUUGUGCCAAAUGCUGAUUACUGUAGGGUCCAUCAUGGUAUUGGUAAACCCAUUCCCUUAUACAGAAAUAUUAAUUUUGUGCAAUGGAAACUAGAUAUGAAGUGUUUUUCCUUUCUAAUUAGUCGGACAAUAAAGGUCAUGUAAUAAUAACAUGUGUAUUAUUUCUCAGACUGUUUGGAUCAUUGGUCAUUUAUGUAAAAGAUCAAACAUGCAUUUAUAAAGCAGCGAAUUUCCUUUAUGGAAAAUAACUUGACUGCUUAUAAAGUCUGGCUAUGAUAAUAUUUACCGCUUCUAAGUCUUUAUAGAAGGGAGUCAUUGUUUGACAGGUUACUAAUUAAACAAUCGGGCAUCACAUGCUUUUCCCCCAAUCUUCAUAUUAAUUAUUUGCAUUAAAUGGUGAUGCAUUUACUUUCAGUGUCCAAACUUUGGAAAUGUCUAAAUAUUUGACAAUUUGGUGGUGUCAAGAAGCAUUUCCAUGUGGUAUAAAGGUAAAUUGUCAACCGGUACUUCCACAUGGUAAUAAAUAAGGCAUCCAGAGUAGCUUCCAUCUUAAACUAAACUAAGGUGUCCAGAGGCACUUCCGUGUUGUGUCUAAAGGCACUUCCAUGUUGUGUCUAGAGGCACUUACAUGUUGUAAUAGAUUAAGAUGCCCAGAGGCACUUCCAUGUUGGUUCCAGAGGCGCUUCCAUGUUGUAAUAGAUAAGGAUGCCCAGAGGCGCUUCCAUGUCAUGUCUAUAGGCACUUCCAUGUGGUGUCUAGAGACGCCUCCAUAUUGUAAUAGAUAAAGAUCCCCAGAGGUGCCUCUAUGUAGGGAAAGGUUUUAAACCACUACAUCAUAAUUAGGCACAUCUUUAAAGCUUCACACCUCCGUAAAAGCAAAACUUUUCUUCUUUGUAAAAAUCAAACCUCCAAAAAAAAUUAUUCAUAAUUAAAAAAAUGUAUAAUUGUUGUAAGUUUAAUUAAAGCUUUUACAUUUUAUUUAUAUUUACCUUUAUGAAUUUGACAGAAUUAGUAAAUUGUGUUGCCAUACAAAAAAUUAUUAUUUUUUACCAGUUUAUAAUGCGGUAGAGCUUUUUUUUUUAAUAUUCUGACAUAUGAAAUUUAUGUGGUUUUGUAAGUGUCAAUGGAUACUUUUAAUUAUCUUAUAUGUAAACUUGACAAUGGGAUGAUGUUAGAAAGAUUUUUCUUUAAAAACUUUCAAGAAGCUGAAGGUGUCCUGCUUUAAUCUUUUGUUAACUUUUAUUUUUGCGUCAAGUAAACAUCAAGUAUUAGAAAUAAUGGUAGAAUGUGGCGGCAUGGCCGAGUGGUUAACACUUUGGACCAGUUAUCUUAAGGAUUGCUGUCCACGUAGGUUCAAACCCAGUCAGGGGCAAGGUGUUGCUUCCUUGAGCAAGAAACUUUACUCUCAUUGUUCAGUACUGGUUGGUUCUAGGACCGUAUUCGAAAAUGUGUCUAUAAGAUUCAAGUUUCCUGCCAAGUCGAAUUAUAAAUAAAUUCUGAAUAACGCAAGUAUUACGAGUUGAAGAUUGCGUUAUAUAACAUUUCAAUAGAUGUUAAAACUUUAGAAGUUUUCUCACUGUUUGGAAAUGCCAGGCAUCAAUUGAGUCUAAACUUGUAUAAUUUAUGUUUCCAGGAAUUGUUUUAAAUAUUAUUAAAUAUGUGUCCUGACAUUUUCAUAAAAUGCCAAUGAAUUCUGUGUCAAAGCAUUAUAAAACUAUAUUGUGAUAAAGAGAAUAUCUUCAAAUCAAAGCUUUAUUUUUAGGGUGUUUAGAAACUGGACUAAAUACAUUAUGAAGAUACAUAAACUUGUGUUGUUGUUGAAAUUAUUAUUAUAUCUUUGUU